GGAACUUGACACAAGGACGUGGUUUUAUUCAGUCCGAAGUAGCGUAGGAAGCAAAGUGCAUGGAAGAGAAGUUGUUUGAAUGCGACGAGGGAGAAGAUCGACUGUGGAAAGAAUUCUCAACAUCAGUGAUUCAAGAGCAAGAGGAUUCAGGAUCCGCUAUCGUGAGCAAAGUCGCAAGGGUCAAGGAUGAUGUGCCGCCGGACACUCGAAGUGUUCAAGUUCAUACGACGGUGACGUGCCUGGGAUCGUGUGCACUGAUUCCAUCCACUCCCUCCCUCCGCUGGAGCAGGUACUCUCAGGGUAUACUUCCCCUGCUGCAGCAAACAGAUGCCCUCCUGCAGUCCUCCCUACCCGAAUCAACAAUUUUGCAGUUCUGCAGCAAGCAUGAUAGCCCAGCAUGCGACUCGUUUGCCACAGAGUUCAGAGCUGGGCGGGCAGGCAGGUUAGGUGGUGUUUGCAGAAAACUGUCGUCUCCAUGGAGUGGGGUACAGGGGCUCUCAUCAGAUGACAUGUUACUGCGCCGUUUUGGAAACAGAGGAGCACAGAGUAGUGGAGUCCUGUGGUCCAACGACCUCCGAAGCACAGAUGAUAUUAUGGGCAUUGUACGAUGA